UAAUAAAACUGGCACUGAAUGCUUCAGGAAAUUCUCCUAGCAAGGAGCACUAAGCUAGUGGGGGAACUCUAGAAAUGUGGUUGUUAUUUGAGAGGAGCCCGGGAAGGGAGCCCCUGUGCAGAGGCAAAGUAUCAUGAAGAAGGCAAGUGGACCUUAGCUAGAGGGAGACAGGGAGAGAUGAAUGCUGGUGUGUUUAACAGAAUGAAAGGUUGCCCAUUGUUAGGGAAGUUUACUCUCCUUGAGAAUCAUCCCAGGCUCUGGGUGACAACUGCUCCUGGGCUUUUGAAGUGCAGCUUUAGGCGUUUCCUUUGCUAUCUUGUCACGCAUUGGAUCAGAGGUUUCUUUACCACAUAGGGUCAUUGGGUAGCAAAUGAAUAGGGGGUAUUGGCCAUUCAGAACUUCACCUUAUAAAUAUCCGCGAUUUGGAUUCUUUUCACUUUCCUUGUCCUGAGUAUCCCCCCUUUGGGUGUGGAGAGAAGCAGAGCUGCCCUGCUCAGUCAACCAUCGCUGGUGCGGAGAGCUGUAGAUCAGCGAGUGGAAUAAAACUUCACCCUAGCUGACAGCCAUGAAGAGCAACACCUUCAUCAUCUUCACCAGCAUUGGGAUCUAUUGUGCUAUUUUCCACACGUCAGCAUGGUCUGUGAACAACUUUCUGAUGACUGGACCAAAGGCGUAUCUGACCUACUCCACCAGCGUGGCUGUGGGGGCCCAUAGCGGGAUUGAAGAAUGUAAACACCAGUUCACCUGGGAGCGCUGGAACUGCCCAGAAAGUGCCCUGCAACUCUCCACUCAUAACAGACUGCGGAGUGCUACCAGAGAAACCUCUUUUGUUCAUGCCAUCAGCUCGGCUGGAGUAAUGUACACGCUCACCAGAAACUGCAGCAUGGGAGACUUUGACAACUGUGGCUGUGACGAUUCAAGGAAUGGCCGUGUAGGUGGCCGAGGAUGGGUCUGGGGAGGCUGCAGUGAUAAUGUGGAAUUUGGCGAGAGAAUUUCCAAACUAUUUGUGGAUGCUUUGGAGACAGGACAAGAUGCCAGAGCUUUAAUGAAUCUGCAUAACAAUGAAGCAGGGAGACUUGCUGUGAAAGCAACAAUGAAGAGGACGUGUAAGUGCCACGGGGUAUCGGGCAGCUGCAGCAUCCAGACCUGCUGGCUCCAGCUUGCUGAGUUUCGAGAAAUUGGGAAUUAUCUGAAGCUCAAAUAUGACCAGGCCCAGAAGCUGGAGAUGGACAAGAGGAGGAUGAGAGCUGGGAAUAGUGCCGACAGCCGUGGGGCCACAGCAGAGACCUUCAGCACUGUGCUAGCCACAGAACUCGUCUUCCUGGAAGACUCUCCUGAUUACUGCGUCAGGAAUGCCAGUCUGGGCCUCCAUGGCACCGAGGGGCGGGAAUGCCUGCAGAGUGGCAAGAACUUGUCUCAGUGGGAGAGGAGGAGUUGCAGGAGGCUCUGCACUGAGUGCGGCCUGAAAGUGGAGGAGAAGAGGACUGAGAUUGUCACCAGCUGCAAUUGCAAGUUCCACUGGUGCUGCAUGGUGAAAUGCCAGCAGUGCAAACAGGUGGUUACCAAGCAUUACUGCUCCAGAAGAGAUGGCUCGUCCCCCAACACCACCAGGCGGCGGAACAGGGGGCACAAGAGAUAAUCGGCAACUCGCUGCUGUUAACAAAUGGACUCAUGACAAAGAGCUGCCCUUCCAAAUAAGUGGGGAUUGUCCAGGCAGGGUCAGGUGGGUGUACUCCACACAACCGAUGUUGUGUGAUUACACGGAGCAGGCCAAGGGCCCUAGUGGACCUAGUGCCUACUUUCCUGGUUUUUAUAUUUCCUUGUAACACGCUUCUUCCUCAUAGUCACUGUAUUUGUGUAUCUGGAUAAAGAAGUAGUUUCAUUUUUUGGUGAUAUCAGAUGAUAGUCUGUGGGCCUGAUUCAGCUGUCAUUUAACCACUGUCAAUCUGGAGUAAAUCCACUGAAGGCAGUGGAGUAACUGCAGGCAUCAGUGUAACAGAGAUCAGAAUCUCGCUGUUCCAGGCUGAAAUCUGGUCCCAGGUACCUAUGUGCUUCCCUGUUGACUUCAGUGAUGCUGCACAAGCCUAAGAUCAGAAUAUGAACCUGUGUGGUUGAUGCACGUGUUGCUUGUAAAUAUUUUUAAUGCAAUACUUACGCACUUUCUGAUGUGAGAAGGGUCUUCACAACAUCAUGGUUUAUAUUGGGACAACUACAACUUUUUUCACCUUAAGUGCUUUCCUAGAUUUACAGACAGUAUAUACAGAUUUCAUGCAAUAUAUAUUGUGUUAUUUCAUCCGAUACAGAUAUAUAAAACUGUCCGGGUUGAGAGAGAGAGAGAGAG